ACCAAUCCAUUUCCACACUUUAAACAGUAGCAACAGGCACCACAACAUUAGCAACAGCAACAUGUUCAAAUACAUUACCUUCGCCACCCUCUUCGCCAUCGCCACCGCUGCUCCUGGUUUCAUCGCUCAACCCGUUGUAGCCAAAGUAGGUGCCAUUGUACACACCGUUCCAUCUGCCACCUCCCACCAAAGCAUCACCCAAGUGCACAAUAACGCUCACAUUGUAACACCUGUUGUGAAAGCCGUGGCGCCUGUGGUUCAUGUUGCUCCAGUUGUGAAGACCUACUCUGCUCCUGUAGUUCCAGUAGUCAAAACUGUGGCUCCAGUCGUCCCCGUAGUUCAUGCUGCUCCCGUAGUUCCUGUAGUAAAGACUUACGCCGCCCCGGUGGUUCAUCAUGUCCCAGUCGUGAAGUCUGUAGUUGCUCCCGUGGUGCCUGUGGUUCACGCUACUCCAGUUGUAAAAUCGGUUUUUGCUGCUCCUGUUGCCCACUUCGUCCACCAUUAAUUGUACAUAUAAAAACGAAUUGAGUUAAAAA